UUGUUGUAGCACUCCUAUACGGUAGGUGGCGGUGUUAAACUUUAAAUUAUACAGCCCAGCAUAUGAUUAUAUUAUUGUGACGAGGAAAAUAAAGCUAGCUACAAUCAAAAGCUAUCUGUCGAUGUUUAGCUUCUGAUAUGAUUGUAUUUGUUUUACUAGAUUGCUAGAUAACUAUAUAUCGUCAUAAUAUAGAAAACAUAAAGACUGUUAUCAUAUUGAAAAGGGGUCAAAAGCGUCGGGGGACAAUGUCGGGUUCCGUGGUCGAGUUCCAGGCGCAGAUAGCCUCAAUCAUGGAGGUGCUAGCCAACGCGGCUGUAGCCGAAAUAUGCAAAGUUGUUGACGAUGGUUAUGCGGUUGUACACAUGGAGAUGUCCCAAAGCCACAAGGAGAAUGAAUUUCUCCGGAGGAACAUGAAAUUAAUGGAACUUCAGAUCGCGAGGUUUCGGGCUGAGAGAAAGUUUUCAGAGGGGUCCGUCCACAAUCGCUUCCAUGGAAUACGCCUCCUAAACAGACACAACCAUCGAGAGACGGCAACGACAGGACCUACUUGGCAAAGCAGAAACAGACUUUCCAACAGGAGUUUUGGGAACAGCAGCAUACCAAGAGACAGACAGCCCAUAGACGUGGACCAAGACGAUGUCUCUCCAUCAAAGCAUAUGGCUGCUACAAGUGAUGAGCAGUCAGCAGAGACAGAGGAAGGGGAAACAGACCUGCUGAUCAUCAAGGUGGAAGGAGAAGCAGAUGACCAGGACUCUAGGAUCAGCCACCCAGCUAGAACAGUGGAGGGCAGCAGAGAACUAACCACCCAACCGGCUGCAGCCACCACAGAGGACCCUGCCAUCCUGUCCAGUGGCCCCAGAGGCAACAACAGCAUCCACACUGCUAUGGAGGCCAAAUCAACUGUGGAAGGGGAGCCAUGGAAGAAAGAAGAGGGUCUGAGGGAGAUGCCAGGUACUGAUAGUGGCCACAGAAUGACAGACCCAAACACACCGACCUCUCUAGACACGGACCAAAAAGAGCUCACUGAGCAGCUCAGAACCAAACACAGCAUAGUAACUGUCAACAGAUCAGACAAUGUUUUCAAGUCAGACCCCGAGCCUGAGAGCCUGAGCCAGGUGUUCCAACUCACAGGUCCAGGGCCUGUUGCUAAACAGCAGCACAGCCUAAACCGCGAGAGAACAACCGAUCUGCCUGUAAACUCCCGUAAGCGAAGAGGCAGUGAUACAGCGAAUGAUCGGCCGUCUUGUUCUAGUUAUGUUGCCGAGACAGUCUCAGGAAGCCCCUCGCCUCUCAAAAAGGUGAACCCCAUUCCCCCACUUCCUCAGAUGGUGAGGGGGGAACACGAGAAUUCCCAGGGCAGUUCAGAGGUCAAGUCUGAGGUCAUAGUUAUUGACCCCCUCCAUGUUGACGAGGGGGAAGAUGGGGAUGGCACGCCCUCAUCCUGGAGACAAGGUGACAUCAUGGAACCCAGGCGUCAUCAAGGAGGACAUAGUGAAGCAGAUGCCAUGCUUCUUGGAGGACAUUCGAGUAACACUUAUCAUCUUCAUCAUCCUCACCCAGGUGUCCAGCCAGCAGCGAGACAGAACUCAUCUGACAAUCACUUCUACACCAUCGGCUUGGACGGCGCAUUCAACAACCGCCUCGGCACCUUUCAGAACCCCGCAACCACCGCCACUGCUCCAUUGGACGAGGGAACCGGGGAGCUGCAGUACCCCACCUGGGUGGAUUUUCCUGGGAGCGCCCCCGACACCCACCUGGGCGACGGGACUGGGACUCAUCAGGACAGAGCGGAGAGGGAGAAGUCAUACAGGUGCACCUUCUGUGGGAGGGAGUACCCUCACCUGUGCCAGCUCAAGAUGCACCAGAGGGUUCACACGGGGGAGAAACCAUACGAGUGCACCCUGUGUGGGAAGCAGUUCAGCCAGCUGUGCGGCCUGAAGCGGCACCAGAGAGUACACACAGGGGAGAAACCUUUCAGAUGCGCUCAAUGCGGGAAACAGUUCUCUCAUUCCAGCAACCUGAAAGUGCAUCAGAGUGUCCAUACAGGGGAAAAACGUUUCCACUGCACCCAGUGUGGGAAGAACUUCUCCUUUCUGAGCAAUCUGAUAAGACACCAGGCAGUUCACGCAAGGAAAUUAUAGGUUGUAUUGAUUUGUUGUGUUGAUUUAGGAUUGUGUUUUCUGAAUUGAUUGGAAAUUGAAUGAGGUGUGUGAUUGCUCUGGCUAAAUGCUGCAACUCUGAAUUUUUCGACUUGUUAGUUAUACACGUGUUCAACCAGUUAGCAAGUCAGAGGUUUCCCAGUUCCGACAAGCACCUACAGGCUGCAUUAAAGGUCGUUACCUGUUCUUUGUAUUCACUAUUAUUUUGUAUUCUGGAGCAAUUUGUAAAACAUUUUUAUUUUUAAGAAUGACUCAAUGUUUGCUGCAGAUGGUUAUAUUAGUUCAACAUACAGUAAGUAUCAUGUUGUCUAUAAUGUUAAACUUUUUAUUAUACAACUUCCUACAGUAUUUGUGUAGUUGAAAAUAAUCAGGCCAGAAUAAGAUUGUCACAAGGAACAUGCUUGUGUUAAAGUUAACGUUUUUUGUGAUGUUUUGAGAAAUAAACCAACUCAUGGGAAAUGAGAUUAACAUA